AUGUUUUCUGUUCCUCGCCAGUUUGCGUCUCAUACUAAUGCACUACGAUAUCGGUAUUUCAGAAAAGAGUCAGUUUACUUCGUUAUACGAAAAUGCCUUUCCACCAGUGAUAGUACUAUAACACAAGACCAUACGACUAAUCUCAAUAAAUCGAACGCAUUUAACUUGAUGGAAGCAAACGAUAAAGCGGUAUCAGUGUUAAGAAACUAUCAGGCGGAGGCUUAUAACCAUUUAGGGCAAAGUUAUGAGGAAUAUAUAAACGAUUUGACGGCAGAGAUAAUUAAACUUACAAAAGAGCUGGAAAAGAAAAAUAAAUUUAUACAAUAUUUGGAAUCAACGAAGGAGCAAUAUAGAAAAUUUAUAGACAAAGAAGGAUUCUUUCAAAUGCCGAUACACGUACCUGAAGUACGUGUUAAAGAUUUGCAGGAAACAUCAAGAUCUUUCAGACUUGGAAGAAUUCGCAAUGUUAGAUCUGCCUUGGAAUAUGUUAGAAGACGAAUGCUUUUGAAGGAGGGUAAGCUUUUCAAAUCAGUCGAACCUGUUGAUAGUGUGCUACAGCGAUUGUCUGAAGAAAAGAGGUUCAAAGAUAUGUUGUAUCAUUCAUGCAAGGCUCAUCGCAUACAUAUAAAACUUGUAAAAAAUUGUUUUGGUAAUCUCUAUCAUAUUUCAUGUAAAGGAAAGCAUGGUCACAGACGUAAUAUCGUGCUUUAUGCAAAAUAUUGGAGAAAGGAGGAGCUGUUGGCUUUGAGUGUUAUAUUCGACUAUUUUAAUAUUAAAUUUACUUAUUGGAAUAGAGCAGGAAAGGAGACAAGCUUUCCGUAUUUACCCCUUACACCAACUAGUAAAGGCUUUUGUGAGGGUGUGUAA